AUGUGGGAGGAGUGGGUUAGAGGUGGAGAAGGAGAGGUUUUCACAGGGUGGAUUAGUGUUGUGUUGGUGGAAUUGAGCUUGGUGAGGAUUUGGAGGAGGAACAUCUGCGGUAUACAACUCUACUCACCCACCCCCAGUCUCGAAUGUCCGCACUGCUCGAAGCGUCUACAACUUAUCAUGAAUCCGAAAGUCAUUACGACAUUAGUCGAUGAGACUGGAAUGAUAAACGGAGAGAAAUUAGUCUGGAGUGAGAAAGCAUGGAAGGAAUUAUUAGGGAGAGGGACGGAGGAGCUUUGCCAGAUGGAGUUGAAGAGGUGA